AUGUCUUUGCCCAAUGUCCUGUCACGAGGAGACGACUUCUUGAAUGAAUAUCCUCGCCAAAGUCCCCUCUGGAGGUUUUUCUCCUAUGGGACUUGUGCUUUGACCAUCGGCUUAUCGAAAUUGGUACUGAAGACCUUGUACAACGUGGAGCUGAACAAUUUCGAUAGACUCGAGAAGGCCAUCGAUAGGUCUCAAAAGGAGAAUAGAAGUCUGAUGACAAUGAUGAACCACAUGUCUGUUGUCGAUGACCCUUUUAUAUGGGGUGUCUUCCCAUGGAGAAUCUAUCGUGAUCUGGAUAGCAUCAGAUGGUGCCUUGGUGCCAACAAUGUGUGUUUUAAGAACAAGUUUUUGGCUACUUUCUUUUCUUUGGGCCAGGUUUUGUCUACUGAAAGAUUUGGGGUUGGUCCUUUCCAAGGUUCAAUCGAUGCUGCGAUAAGACUUUUGAGUCCCGAUGAUACGUUGGACUUGGAAUGGACCCCACAUAGUGAAGAACCUAAGAUUUUAAAACCCAAUUUUUCUCCAUUGGUUAAGACUAUAAAACAUGAUUAUAUACCUCCAGUGAAGAGGUUUAAACCAUCCUGGUUACAUGUUUAUCCGGAGGGAUUCGUUUUACAAUUACAUCCACCUUUUUCCAAUUCUAUGAGAUAUUUUAAAUGGGGUGUAUCGAGAAUGGUGCUAGAGGCCACAGUUCCACCUAUCAUCGUACCGAUCUUUACGACGGGGUUUGAAAAGGUUGCCUCCGAAGAAGCUGCCGGAACAGGGAUGAAACGUUACAUACCGUCUAACAUUGGAGCUGAGAUCAAGGUUACUGUGGGAGAACCUGUUGAUGAUGCGGUCAUAGAGAAAUAUAGAGAUGAAUGGAAACGUUUAGUGGAAAAAUACUACAACCCUGAAUGUCCUGGUGAGCUUUCCACGGAAUUGAAAUACGGCGAAGAAGCCAUGGAUCUGCGAAGUAGGCUUGCUGCAAAACUUAGAACCCAGAUUGUCAAAAUUCGUGAUGAAGAGUGCCAUUUUGAAAAGGAAGAUCCAAGAUUUAAAUCACCUGCUUGGUGGAGGGAAUACACUCUAACGGAAGGUGAAUCUGACCCAGAUGUCAAAUUCAUAGGUAAGAACUGGGCUAUAAGAAGAUUACAAAGUUUCCUCACUGAAAAGGAAGAGGAAAAUGAUAACACUUCUGGUUGA